GAUGGUGAAUUGCCCGUGCUUCCUUUAUCUGUAUAUGGAGCAGUUGCAAUGGCACACAACCCAACAGCAGAGGACUAUUCAGCACCAUCACAAUUUUUCUUUUACCUAUACGAAAAACGCAAUGCUGGCCUCGGGGGUCUUUCAUUUGAUGAAGGACAAUUUUCUGUAUUUGGAUACGCUACGAGUGGAAGGGAGAUACUUCCACAAUUAAAAACUGGCGACGUUAUAAAAUCAGCAAAAUUAAUAGAGGGAUACGAUCAUCUUGUGUUGCCAGCUUCAAAUCCCUAAAGUAUUUCCUUAAUGUUCAACUCUCUUCAUUCAAAUUCAAUUUUAACUAGCGUGAUAUUGAAUUCUACUGUUGCUAUUAUCACUUUUUAACAAUGUUAAUAUUGGAUUGAAUGAAUGUUAUUAUCACUUGAUCAAUUGUCAACAAAAAAAUAGAGGCGGUUAAGUUUUCCAAUUCAUUUGGUACUCAAAUUUAUGUGCAGCUUAGCCAAAUGUUGUACGGUUCUGGCUUAAUGUUGAGAAUUGGGUUGGCCGACCUGGAUUUUGCUUUGUAAUGUAACGGUUGUAUGAGAUAGUGAUGUCAAAAGUAUUUAUGGAAUAGAUUUAAUCUA